CGGCCCAACCUGCGAAAAUUAAAAUACUAUUUCUCUUAUGAGUCGGACGGAAACGGCCGUGAAACACAAGGAGAGAGAGUGGCAAAGUCGUAAUAUAACCAUUGCCUUGGGGUGUUCUCCACGCUGCUUUCACGCUUUUAUAUAUACGACGUGUCUUCCUCUUGUAUUUUUAUAUCCUCAGCCACUUCAUCUCUGUGUAGCUUGGAUCGUCUCUCCUUACAUCCACUCAUUGUUUUCUUUUUUGCUCAUCUACUAUGGCGACGAAGAGAAGCGUUGGAACACUGAAGGAAGCGGAUCUGAAGGGAAAGAGCGUGUUCGUGAGGGUUGAUCUCAACGUUCCUUUGGAUGAUAACUCUAACAUCACCGAUGACACUAGGAUUCGCGCCGCUGUUCCCACCAUCAAGUACUUGAUGGGUAACGGAUCUAGGGUUGUUCUCUGCAGUCACUUGGGCCGCCCAAAAGGUGUUACCCCUAAAUUCAGCUUGAAACCUCUUGUGCCGAGAUUGUCUGAGCUUCUUGGUGUUGAGGUUGUGAUGGCAAAUGACUCUAUUGGUGAGGAAGUCCAGAAACUGGUUGCAGGACUACCUGAAGGUGGAGUUCUUCUCUUGGAGAACGUGAGGUUCUACAAGGAAGAAGAGAAGAACGACCCUGAAUUCGCAAAGAAGCUUGCUGCCCUUGCUGAUGUCUACGUCAACGAUGCUUUCGGAACUGCUCACAGAGCUCAUGCUUCUACCGAGGGAGUUGCAAAAUACUUGAAGCCUUCUGUCGCUGGUUUCCUCAUGCAGAAGGAGCUUGAUUACCUUGUCGGAGCUGUGGCAAACCCCAAGAAGCCUUUUGCUGCCAUUGUCGGAGGCUCAAAGGUUUCAACAAAGAUUGGUGUCAUUGAGUCGCUCUUGUCCACCGUUGACAUCCUCUUGCUUGGUGGAGGUAUGAUUUUCACUUUCUACAAGGCGCAAGGACAUUCGGUUGGAUCUUCCCUUGUGGAAGAGGACAAGCUUGACUUGGCCAAGUCACUCAUGGAGAAGGCGAAAGCCAAAGGUGUCUCUCUGUUGCUCCCAACCGAUGUGGUUAUUGCUGAUAAGUUCGCUCCCGAUGCUAACAGCAAGAUAGUGCCAGCCACGGCAAUCCCAGAUGGCUGGAUGGGACUCGAUGUUGGGCCAGACUCUAUCAAGACAUUCAGCGAGGCUCUGGACACAACCCAGACCAUCAUCUGGAAUGGUCCCAUGGGUGUUUUUGAAUUCGAAAAGUUUGCAGCUGGAACUGAGGCCGUAGCAAAGCAGCUAGCGGAGCUGAGCGGAAAGGGAGUGACCACAAUCAUAGGAGGAGGUGACUCUGUGGCUGCCGUGGAGAAGGUUGGUUUGGCUGACAAGAUGAGUCACAUCUCUACCGGGGGAGGUGCAAGUUUGGAGCUUCUAGAGGGAAAGCCACUUCCAGGAGUCCUAGCUCUUGACGACGCGUGAAUUUCAUCUCUCUUGUGAUAUGUGAUAUGUAUUACAAGUCUUAUGCACAGAUUAGCAAAGCCCUUGUACUUGUCCGCUUGAGAUUUUCUUUCUACGGCUCUUUUUGGAGUUUUUUGCUUGGAGCCUUUUUAAUAAAAGAAAGAGAUUAAACUCUGAAUAGUAAUUAUUUCGAAUGUUUACUCAAAUCUUUUGUUUAGAGAAUCUCUUAUCCCUUA